UUGGGCCGGCCCAUUUCAAAUUAGGUUUAGGAAUUAGGGCGCGGAAAAAAGGCGGCAAGGUCGUAGGAAGCGAGCCAGCAAUGGGAGCCGAACAACCGUUCCCGGAAGCAGAAGCAGAGGCUUCCAUGGUGGUGGGUCUCCAACCCUCAGCCAUGGUCGACACCAUCGCCCUCGUUGACUCCUCCUUCCUCGAUGGAAUUCCCGGCGAACACGGUGGCUCCAUUCCCGUUGGCAUUGAAGAGCUUGAUUAUAUACGGAGAGAGCUGAAAGAGGAUCACGGUGAGAAGACCAUCGCUGGAGGCAGUGUUGCCAACACCAUCCGCGGCCUGCGCACUUCCUUCGGAAUUACCACUGCAAUUAUUGCUGCCUACGGGGAUGACCACCAGGGGAACCUCUUUCUCAACAACAUGAGCUUCAAUGGAGUCAACCUCUCCUGCCUCCGCAAGAAGAAAGGCCACACUGCUCAAUGCGUCUGCUUGGUUGAUCACUCAGGCAACCGUACUAUGCGUCCCUCUCUCUCCAAUGCUGUCAAAGUUCAGGCACACGAACUCGUUCGAGAGGACUUCAAGGGUUCCAAGUGGUUGGUUUUGAGGUAUGCAAUUCUCAAUUUGGAAGUUAUUCAAGCAGCAAUCUCUUUGGCCAAACAGGAAGGUCUUCUUGUUUCUUUGGAUUUGGCCAGUUUUGAGAUGGUGAGGAAAUUUAAGCCACCACUUAUGAAGUUAUUGGAGUCUGGCAAUAUAGACCUCUGUUUUGCCAAUGAGGAUGAAGCAACGGAACUUCUAAGGGAUGAGCAUAAUGCCGAUCCAGUUGCUGCUGUAGAAUUUCUAGCUAAGUAUUGCAAAUGGGCUGUGGUAACUUUGGGCCAUAAUGGAUGCAUUGCUAAACAUGGCAAGGAGAUGGUACGUGUCCCGGCCAUAGGAGAAGCAAAAGCAAUAGAUGCUACUGGAGCAGGGGACCUUUUUGCUAGUGGAUUUUUGUAUGGAAUGGUGAAGGGUUUGUCCCUUGAAGAAUGUUGCAAAAUAGGUGCAUGUAGUGGCGGAUCUGUUACCCGCUCUCUUGGUGGUGAGGUGACAUUAGAGAAUCGGCAAUGGCUGUACAAGCAGAUGAAGAUAAGAGAUCUUCACAUGCCUGAUGGCAUAUGCGAAUGAACAGCGGCAGUGAAGUGGAAUAAACUUCAGGCGCCCGUUCCUUCUUGCAUAUUUUUUUUUUUUUCACUUUUCUCCCUCAAAAUUUUGUUCUUAUUCAGCUGGCAAAUGCAUGGCCUUUUUCGACAACUUUACUAUAUAUAGCUCUAAUUUAUGCCUGGCUUGAUAAUCUAGCUGGGUUAGCAGGUAAUGUUAACGGAAACAAAA